UGUGUUUGUAUUGUUGUUGUUGUUAUAGUUUGUAGUAUUGACUGCAUUAUUGCCAAUCAAUUGCAAACACUUAACAAACUUGUGGUUAAAAGACAACAACAACCAAUUGAUCCACAAUUUUGUUGUUAUAAUUGUCGACAAUUAGUGUCACCACCGUCUCUGGUCAAACAACUAAUCCAUCCGAUCAUCAGAUGAGUAAUCCGACAGAAAAGGCGUUACAAUUGUUGCGGUAUUUGCCGCGCGUUUCGCAUAACAAUCUGUCACCGAAUCCGUACUUCAAGAAGAAGACGCGUAAGGUUGGCCAGUAUUUACAGCGCGAAAAGAUCAAUCAUAGCAACCGCGAACGGCAACGCUAUUGGCCGGUUGGCUACGAAGGCGGACGGACACCGUUUUACUUGAAGAUACCCAUCGAGAACUACUACAAGAAUCACAAAUAUCGCCGACAAUAUCCGCCGCUAACAUUGUUUCAGUUGCAACUGAUGAUAGACAACGGUGCCAUCAAUCCAAGCGAACCAAUUGAUUUAACCAACAUUUGCAAUACAAACUUCUAUCGUAUUGAACCGCAAUUCAAUCAUUUUGGUUGCCAUCUGACUGAUGAAGGUAUCAACGAGUUUAAGGCCAAAGUAAACAUUGAAGUCCAGUAUGUCCGCGAACCGGUUAUUGCGGCCAUUGAACGUAACGGCGGUGUUAUUACCAGCGCUUACUAUGAUAUCAAUAGUAUUAUAGCACUGUAUCGGCCGAUCGAGUUCUUCAAAAAAGGCGAACCAAUACCCAAACGCCUGUUGCCGACAGUAGAUCUGGUCGAGUACUAUACGGAUCCGAAAAACAGAGGCUAUUUAGCCGAUCCCGUAAAAGUUGAAGAAGAAAGAAAACUGUUGGCCCAGAAGUAUGGCUACGAGUUGCCGGACAAUAGUGUUAUGUCCAACGAUACGGUUAUGAGAGUACGCAAAGAUCCGCGUCAAGUAUUUUUCGGUUUAGAACCCGGUUGGGUCGUCAACUUGAAAGACAAACAAAUUUUGAGGCCAACAGAUCCCGAUUUAGUCGAAUAUUACCGAAAUUGAUGGACCAUUUAAAUCGGUUAAUCAAUCAGUUAAUCGAUGAUUAGU